AUGCGGCUGAUCCUGAUCUAUUUGAUAUUCUCCUCGGGGACGGUAUUCUCCAGGUACUCCGAGAAACGGCAUUUCGACCGCUCCGUUUACGAUGAUACCAAAUUAUUAAUCAGGGAUAAAUAUUUACCGAAAAAACAAUGGAUAUUUUCUGAUUAUGACACGAACUUUAAAGCGUACAAAGAUAAGGAAGACAACAUUUGUUACUUAGAAAAGAUGGAUGAUAGUACUGCUGUAGAAGACCUAUCAGCAUAUGGAAGACAGGAACAGAUAUCAAAGAUAUUCUAUGCGUCCACAGAUACUUUAACAAAAUUAGAGGCAUGGCGAAUCGCUGGUGGUAGAAUAAUUGCUUUCUGUCAUGGACGUAAACUGAUUUUGUUACAAAACACUAUGCCAGUUUUUGGAGAAACGACAAAUCCCUUUCUCAAUGUAAUUCCCCAAGAUGAAAAUGAUAUCGCAGUGAGGCGAGUAGCUGACGUAGUUCUAACACCUCUGAUAAGUCGAACCAAACGACAAAUCAUACUCGAAGAACGGGAGAGACUAAUUGAAAACUCCAGUCGGACUCGUACACGACGUCAAGCUCAGCAACCUCGAGGAAGGUUUCGGGGACAGACGCAAUCACAGUAUUUAAGUAUUGAUAGUGAGGAUCAAAAAGAAGGUAAGGCCGAAGCAGAAGCCACGCAACAGUCUUCUCGCGCAGUAGUCAGUGGAAGUCGUGGUAUGGGUCAAGCACAAAGCAUGUCAGUCGGUAACAAUGGAUGUGAAGAAUGCCCUAAAUAUACUAAUGAAGGUGCACCAGACAGAUAUGUCCAAUAUCCCAGCGCUGGAUCUUUUAUUCAACCUGGUGUUAUUACCCCAGGAAAUAAUGCAGAUACGACAUUCACACGUGGCCCUCUACCUAGAGGACCAGCUUAUCCAGAUAAUAUUACACCUACUGGAGAUACAACACCAGGUAACAUUGUCAGAGGCGGGGCAGAUUAUCCUGGCGGUGUACCUAGUAUUAUGCCAACUGGAGGUAGGGUUACAUAUCCUACUGGUACGAUUGGUACCACAACAAAGGAGAGUGGAGUUUCUUACCCUGGUAGUUUACCUGGCACUACAACGGGCGGUGGAGUUGUCUAUCCCGGUAGUGUACCUGGAAUUACAUCUGGCGGUGCAGUUACCUAUCCUGGUGGUGUACCCGGUUCUACAGCGGGCGGUGGAGUUAGCUAUCCUGGUGGUAUACCCGGUCCUACAGCAGGCGGUGAAAUUAGCUAUCCUGGUGGUGUACCUGGUCCUACAGCGGGCGGUGGAGUUAGCUAUCCUGGUGGUGUACCCGGUUCUACAGCGGGCGGUGGAGUUACCUAUCCUAGUGGUGUACCUCGUACUACAAGUGGCGCCGGAAGUGACUAUCCUGCUGGUAUACCUGGUAGAACAGACAGUGGUACCUACCCUGGUGGGAUACCUGGUACUAGAAUAACUGAGGGCGGUGUCAGCUAUCCUAGUGGUGCACCUGGUACUGUAAUGACUGGACCUGGAAUUAGUUAUCCUGCUGGCGUACCUGGUAGAACCGACAGUGGAGUUACUUAUGCCGGUGGGAUACCUGGUACCAGAAUAACUGAAGGUGGGGUUAGUUAUCCUAGUGGUGCACCUAGUACUGUAAUGACUGGACCUGGAGUUACUUAUCCAGGUAGCGUUCCUGGUACUAGAAUAAGUGACGGUCAGGUUAGCUAUCCACUAGGUGUACCUAGUGCUAGAAUAACUGGAGGUGGAGUUAGCUAUCCUAGUGGUGUACCUGGUACUAGAAUAACUGAAGGUGGAGUUAGCUAUCCUAGUGGUGUACCUGGUACUAGAAUAACUGAAGGUGGAGUUAGCUAUCCUAGUGGUGUACCUGGUACUAGAAUAACUGAAGGUGGAGUUAGCUAUCCUAGUGGUUUACCUGGUACUAUAACAACUGGAGAUGGUACAGUUUAUUUUGGCAGUGUGCCUGGUUCUCCAAUCACUGGAGGUGGUGUUGUUUAUCCUGGUGGUAUACCUGGUACUACAACUGGACACAGAAUUGCUUAUCCUGGUGGUGCACCUGGCACUACAACAACUGGAGGUGGUGUUGUUUAUCCUGGUGGUGUUCCUGGUUCUCCAACAACUGGAGGUGGUGUUGUUUAUCCUGGUGGUGUAUCUGGUUCUCCAACAACUGGAGGUGGUGUUGUUUAUCCUGGUGGUGUACCUGGUUCUCCAACAACUGGAGGUGGUGUUGUUUAUCCUGGUGGUGUACCUGAUACUGUAGCAAGCAGAAAUGGUGUAGUUUAUCCUAGUGGUAUACCUGGUACUACUACUGGAGGUGGUACAAUUUAUCCCGGUGGUUUACCUGGUACUACAACAACAGGAGGUGGAAUAACGUAUCCAAGUGGUAUGGUACCAGGCAGCAGAACAGAUACUCGUGGUCAAAUUAUAACAGAAUCAAAAGCAACUGCAGACACGAAAAUAUAUCCUGGACAAAUCUCCGGAUUUCCAUAUCCUGGUGUGAUUGUACCGGGACAAUCGCCUAGCGAUACUGGAGGAAGAACUAUCACAACUAAUGCUGAAGGUGCUGUUCCUUACAGUAGUGGUAUUUUACCGCCAGGUCAUUUACGGGAAACUGUACAGUAUCCGGGAAGAGUCAUACCACAACCGACAAAUGUAAAUGGGAUUACUCCAGAAACAUCUGGUGUAAUACAUACAGGAAUUGGUACUUAUCCUGGUGGUACUGUACCAAGAACUCCAGGAAGUCUUACUGGUCAAAUAAAUUAUCCUGGAAUCGACGGCACAAAUGUCAUCACAACUGGUUCGAAUACGGGUACAAUGAUCCCUUAUCCUCAAGGUACUCAAUUUAAACAUGGACAAGGUGUAUAUCAUCCAGGAAUGCAAGUAGGGCCUGAUGGUAGAGUGAUUCAUUAUCCUGGCACACCUGGAACAGUUCCCUCGGGUUACUCAGUACAAGAACAACAUCCUGGUGUUGCUACAUGGCAUGAUGGACAAGGUCAAACCAUUUCAGAUAUGACAGGAAGACAUGUAAAUGGGGGAAGUAAUAGACAGGGGGAGUAUUUAAGUGAAGGACAAAAUAUCAGACAACAAUAUCCAACUGGAAUGAGGCCCGCAAAUGCUGGAGAAAUCUCUCAGUAUUAUCAACAAGCGGCUAGCGCGCCAACUGUGGAAGAUGACAACUCUAAUUCCCAGGCAUCUAGUUCUGUAAAACAAACGGACUCUGGGACGCAAGCGAGUGCAUCAUCUCAGGGAACAUAUGGAGAAGGUACAGCGCAAUCUCAGGUAACAGGUACAUACAGUGGCUCUGGAUCUUUCUCAGCUCAAGCUGGUAGCAGUGAUACUAAUAAAAAUGCCCAGACUGAAAUUAGUGGUGGUAAAGAAGGUGCUACAAGUAAUGCUCAAGGAGCAGGUGGUUAUGGUAAAAGUCAAGCCCAAGUUCAAUUGGAUUCUGAGUCCGGGGCUACAUCGACAGGUGCACAAAGCAAUGGCUGGAAUCAUGGUACCAAUUCUCAGGUGCAAGCAAGUUCCAGAGGUGGAAUGGCAGACGCCCAAGCAAAUGGUGAAGGAAGUACUUCCAGUCAAGCACAGAUUGGUUUUCAACCAUACCUUAAGACAGAUGAAAAGCUUGAAAGACACGCAAAACCUUUCCGUGGAGGUGGUACAGCUUCUGCUCAAAGUGGCAUGCACAGAGGUCAAUCUCAAUCUCAACUUGAAGGAUCUUUCCAAUAUGGAAUUACAUACACCGGUGCCGCACAAGCAGGAUCCGGGUCUGGUGCAGCAGCUUCUAGGAAACCAUUUAAAUUUAAUCUCACAGAAACAGAAUUGUUCAAACCCUUUGAACCAUAUAAUACCCCGCAAAUAACAAAAAGUAAUGGGAGUUCGGUAACGAAUACAUCCUCAGGCGCUGAUUAUGAGUAUAAUCAAGAAAAGCCGCCACAAGGUUUACAGUCAAGUUCGAGUUCCAGAAGAACAGUUAUUGCCAAUGCAACAAAGGAAGUAUCUCAAAACGUGGCUGGUAAACAAACUCAGUCCGGUGAAAAAUCUCAAGUAGAUGAUACUAUGUAUGAUUACGAUGAAGAAUACGGUGAUUAUGACGCCUCACAAACACAAACUUCAACAGAUGCAAAAUAUUCGAAAAAUUAUAUUGCAGACCAAAAUAAUAGCGAUCAUCAGUCACAAAUGAUACAAGUUACAACUGGAAAUCAAUAUGAUGUUCACGUACACCAAGACUCCAAUACACCACAACUUGGUGAUAGGCUUCAACCAGGACAAUCAUUACCAGGAUAUACAAUACCACCAGGAUUUCGUGGUAGAGUGAAAUCUGUAGCUGGUGAUGAAACUACUGCUCACGGUGACGGAAAAUCACAGUCUCAAACAGUUUCUCUAAUUCCGAGAAUACCCAAUACUGCUCAUGAAACUAAAUCACCAAACUCAGAAACCCGAUCACUUAAAACCAAUCAUGAAAGAUUAGCUGAAGAUCAUGCUUUGUCUAAAGAAGAGUACAACUUUUCUCGAUUUCGAAAUCACCAAACUUCCACAGAUUAUUCGAAACCUGCGACUGUGCCAAUGAAACCAAGUUAUUACACAGUAACAAACAGCUUUGCUGGUAAAAUGGAUGGUAGUAAAAAUUCACACAAGAAGUAUGAGCAUCGAUACUAUACUAAAAGUUCUACUUGUGGAUACUUUACAUUCUCCUGUAAUGUUGUGUAUGGUUCUAAUGGUAGGACAAAAAUUUGUAAACCAAAAAUGCCAACACAUCCUGAUGGCACUCCAGUGAAAUGUUAA